GCGCCGUCUGCUGCUGCCCUCGCUCGACUCUAGUAGUAGCCUGUGGUCUGUGUGCUCCGGCUUCUCCGUAUCUUAUUCUCAACCAUUCCGCUCUUUACCCAGCUUACGACUUUGACCUACGCUUGCUGUCCACGCCUGUUGUCUGUAUGGCCGAAGCCGUCUUCGACGACCACCCGCUAGAGGAGUAUUUCAGACUGACCGGCGAAGGCGCGCAACCCAUCCCGGGUGGUGUGUCCGAGUUCACUCAAGACCUGGACGAGAGCAAUGGCGAGCCCCAGGAACCCUUGUUGGCGUUAGAGCGACUGCCUCCGACCCUCGUCAAUCUCAUUCAGAUAGCGGCUUCAUUCUUCGAGUACAGGCAAUCCUCCGAGCACGCUUUUGCCGAGCGCUUCAAGUACGACGUGAUCUCAUCCUCACUCCUCUCGACCACCAUCUCCGCCACUCCGACCGUCCGACGCACCUUCACGCUUGAGGUACCCGACAAGCUCAACGAUGCCAGCGACAUUGCCUCCUCUGAUGGUGAUAAGUCCGGCACCGUGGAUCCUUCCCCGCUAUCAGAGUUGCAAGUACCGAUAGCGAUGGUGUGCUUCGCCGCGGUUGCAUUGGCGGCAGAGUAUUAUUUUGUUGCUAUAUUUUUGAUGCUAGCUUCAACCUAUUCCUGGCAUUCUGUCAAGGCGAAUUCAGAGGAGGUUAAGACUACAGCCGCCACUUUGGAUGCUGUAAAUCAGCUCAUUCGAGCGGGCAAUGUCUGGGAUUCCUCAGUCAACGAGGCUAUUUCCAUUGUCGAAAAAGAGGAGCGAAGCAUAUUCUAUGGACCGUCAAGUCCGCGUUCCCCUUCUUCCAGCUUACGAGUGACGUUGCAGUCUUCGUUGCACACAACGCAAAACCAAUGCGACAACGUCCGCCAGCUCCUCUCUGCACUGACGGAUCACUCGCAGCUGUCACAGAUAUCCGAAAUGUAUGCGCCGUCAUCACCUCCGAAACCUGCCUUUUCGAUGCUCGACCAUCCCCGUCCUCUCUCAGUUCCGAUGGGUCCGUUAGCGCGUCAGCGAACGAUCUCUACCCCGACGAACAAGCGGUCGACGUGGAACGGAUCGUAUGCCGCGUUGGCGCAAGCAGGGAGCCCUCUAGCUCACUUCCAAAAGCGCCGAUCGCGGCGCAGCGCAGACCUCACUGCUCUGUUCGAGCCUCCUCCGUCAAAGUUCUCCAUGAGCGCGCCUGCGAGUCCGCAGCGCUUCGACCCCGUGCAGGAGGAACGAGAGGAGGACGACGACGACACCGAUUCGGACGCGGCGCUGGGUCAGGGGGAGUACUUCGGAGCCGCUGCGCUCGACCUCCAGCGCAAGCGGACGAGCGCAGGUAUGGAGGUGUUUGGCGUCCCUCCUCCGAGCUAUGCCAGCUCUGCGCGACAUGCGCGGCGGAUAUCCAUGGGCCAACAGCCUACCAUACCGUCGUCUUCCCGCCUCACGACAGUGCACACGACCCGCCACCCGCUGUCGCUCACGGGCCUCCAGUUUGCUCUGCAUGGAGCCCUCUCCGCUAAGCGCUAUGCGUGCUCUCACCUCCUGGCAUUGCGCUUCGGCGAAGAAGAGGACGACACAUACUGGGAGGACGUGCGCUCGGUGAUGGCUCUGUUGACAAGCACGUUCGAAGACGCGUCCGCGCGGCUCACCGAGGCGCUUGACAUUGCCGAGAAGAAUCGUGUCAAGGACGAGCGGCCCAGCCCGCGUACAUCCGUUGACCUCUCAGCCGGAAAUCGGCCGCGCCCAGUGAGGACAAUGGCGGAGAUGGUCUCGUUUGCUCCCAUGCCUAGCCACCUCGCACGGUUCGCUGCACAUGUGGACGCAAUGUCGACUGCCCUAAACGACGCGAGGGAAAACUUGGAGCAAUGUGUCGCGUCUCUACGAGAUACGACGCCCGGUGAGGCCGGGCCAUGCGAUGGAGAGGACAGCGCGACCUCCAUUCAGGAACACCCUGCGUUCCAAGCGUACGACAAACUCAGGAAGGAGCUUGGCUAUGCACUACGGGAGUGCGAGAGAGGUCGGGAACGUCUCCUCGAUAUCAUUUCUGGCCCGCGCCAAAUGUCUGGAGAAGACCCUGACUCUCCGGACGACACACCGGGUCUGCGGAACGACAACGGGAGCGACACGUCCGAGAAACCCGGGCCGUCGUCGCCUGCUCUCCACGCUCCAGCUAUUCUGUCGCUCUCAGAUGCACAGGGUGCUCUCGGCCUGUCCGUUGAUCCGGAGCGGCCAGACGAGGAGCUCGACGAUGCGACCGCGCAUCUGCUCAUGACGGCCUCUUCGCGCCACCUGCCGCCGCCUGGCGUCGAGCAGGUAUACGAAGCCGAGACCGGCGGGGCGCCCUCGUUCACUCGUGAGCGAUCGAAGCUCUCGCGAGAGGAGCGCGUCAAGCUGGCGAAGGCACGUCGGGACAGUGGCCAGUAUGGAUUAGCGUCGCUGUCCGAGAUGCCACUACGACCUCAGGCCGAGCGAUGGGGUCCCGGAGGGGAGGUCGUGCAGGAGCUGAAGGAUGUCAUUUGGAAAGUGGGCGAGAGGCGGAGGCAGCUGACCGGUCAGCUCCCAGUAGGCCCGGAGCAAGCACCUCUGGUCGCCGUCGAUGAUACCCCGCAAACGGAAUCAACACUAGAGACUUUCGAUAUCAUGGCGUCGAUACCUGGUACAGUAUAGGUUGCUUGGAUUACCUGUCAAUGCUUAUGUUUAAACUAUCCUUUUGUAAUACGCGUAGUACAAUCCUAGCGUUCGUGGAUUAUGACAUGUUUCCGGUCACCAUCAUGGACCUGCGGAACAGCGGAACAAGGAUUGUGAACACACAGCGGAUGGGUAUCACAGCAGCCUGCAGGUUUCGUAAAAACAUUUCAACCUCAGCAAAAUAUCUCUCUGUCGGGGAGUCGAACCCCGCUUUCGCGCGCACGUCAUGUGCAUGCACUGUAUGACAGGCGCGUGUACUAACC